CGGGAGGCUGCGCACACGUGGCCCCUCCUCCUCCGUGCUGCGGGCGCUGCGGGAGCGCGAGCGGCACCGGGACCGGGGACGGCAUGGGCGUGCACGUGGAGACCAUCGCUCCCGGCGACGGGCGAACGUUCCCCAAACGCGGCCAGACCUGCGUGGUGCACUACACGGGUAUGCUGGAGGAUGGGAAGAAGUUUGAUUCCUCCCGGGACAGGAACAAGCCGUUCAAGUUUGUGAUGGGCAAGCAGGAGGUGAUCCGCGGCUGGGAGGAAGGAGUCGCUCAGAUGAGCGUCGGUCAGCGGGCAAAGAUGACCAUCUCCCCAGAUUACGCCUACGGCUCAACUGGCCACCCAGGGAUCAUCCCACCAAAUGCUACUCUAAUUUUUGACGUGGAGCUCAUGAAAUUGGAAUGACCUGCCCCAACCCCUGUCCUCGGCAGGUUUGGCACAUGGAGGAAUCCAGAAUCUCAGCUUCAAGAAGAGUGCACACGACUUUGUACGGAGCUUUUCCUGAUCGCCCACCACACUCAUUGUAUAACCUUCCACCUUGAUUGAACGCCUUUGGUCACUAAGCUUUGCCUCUGACUCUUCCUCCUCAUGUCGUGUUUUUAUGUCUUUUUAAACUCUACGCCGCAAACCUCAACUAUUUCUUGGGUCAAAUUCUUAAUCUUAUUUCUGUUCCAGGUGUAGACUCUGUUUUACCGGUAGCACGCAGAUGGGCUGACCCUUAGAUAGGAGUCGUUUGAACAAAAAGAAUCCCGUUAGUUACUCAUUUUGGUCUUUUCAAACCAGAAUUUGCUGCUGCUGCUGCAAAAGCCAUAGCAGAGCGAGGCUGCCGAGGCCGAACGGACGCGGAGAGCAAAGUAGCACUAGGAUUACAUGGGGGUUCCCUGCCUGGAACCAGGGGAGCCACGUGUCCUUUCCCUGCACCCCGGGGCUGGCGCAGCAUUGCUGUGGGCACUGUGGGUUCGCUCCUGGGAAAGGGGGCUGCUCUGCCCCUGCUUCCCUUUGCCACAUCACACCGAGCCUUCCUUCCUUCCUUCCCUGCUUUUGGAUUUGGGUUUCCAUCAGAGCUCCACCUCACCCUGAAAAUUCAGUGUCUUGCGUUGAGCUCGCUUGAAAGGAAAACAGCAGACAAAGUGCUGUCUGCAGGGGAGGUGGUGAGGCUGGUGGGGAGGCAAGGAAACACCCCCGGCCCUCUUUCCCCCCGCCCUGGGAAGGACUCGUCCCCUGGGAAGGACACAUCUGACCCCACUGUCCCCGGGCUGAGCACACCUGACCGUUCUCUCCUGACACCUGAUGCUGGUCAUCGCCGCUUGCCUGGUCUCCUACGGCGCGUAGCUUCCCCACUGCUGUCCUCUGCCCCCUCCGCCCUGCCUAGCGACUCGGUAACAGCCAUCGCCGCCUUCACCUCCUGCUCCACCGCAUAAAGGUAUCCGGUUUUAUUACUGCAAUAAAAACGCUUUAUGCUGGCUUUUCUCA